AUGGAUUCAUCGCACAGGAGCUCCCCAGCCCCCAACUACAGCCAACCACACGAUAGCGAUGGCGCAUACGUCGAGAACGGUCUGCAUCCCGUCGAGCAGACCGACAAGAUCGUCAACAAUUCCCACUACGUCUCAUACGACCAAUACAAGCCGGUACCUUUAUCAGCGGACCAAGGCUAUGUAGCUCCGAUCGACGCAUCUCGGCCCACGAAGAAGAGGAUAUGCGGCAUCAGCAGUGGUGUUUUCAUCUUGCUGUGUCUGCUGGCCUUCUUCAUUGCGAUUCUGGUCGUGGUCGCCGGUGUCUUCGGAAGCAUGCUCGCGAAGCAAUCCGCCGAGGUUCUUGAUUUGAAGAGCACAUCGCCAACAAAAACUAGCGAUCCCGACGCGAACGGUUCAUCGACCGCUACCGCCGCAGCGGCAACAACGACAUGGGUCACGGUUACCGACUGGGAUUUCAUCGGCUGCUAUGAGGACGGCGACGAGCGCGUGUUUUCCGGAAACAUCAGCGUCAUCCAAAACCAAACGAACAAGCUAUGCGCGUUGGCCUGCGAUGGCUUUGACUACUUUGGGACUCAGUACGGGGACCAGUGUUACUGCUCGAAGACGCCACCUAAGACGGCUGCUCCGGCGUGGAAUUGCGACAUGCAUUGCGCCGGCGCACCGAACUCAGAAAUUUGCGGCGGGUACUAUUUUCUCAGCGCUUGGAAGAAGAAGAGUUCAUGA